GUCAUUUAGGCGCGCAAAUCACAAUGGCGGCGUAAUGAAAUUUACUUGACUACAGAUUAUUGAUAAAGCAAAAAGGCACAAGAACAGGAAUGAGUAAUCAAUUAAACUCUGUCAGCCCGGUUCCUUUUGGAUGGGGAAAUGACUGUGUUCCAGUUCAAGUUGAAGUCAUGAAAGAGCUGACUGACGUUGACAAAGAUGCUUUGAUAAUCGCUUUUUUUGUUGGUUUAAUAGUUGGUGGAUUAAUCGCAUUGCUUUGUGCAAAACUAUGCAUAAAAGAUAUUAUUAAGCACAAAAUUCAACACGAAGAAGAGAGGCAUGGAAUAUAUCCUGAGAAACAAGAACCACCACCUGCUUACCAGGAACUUGAUAAACAAGAAUCUGGUAGGAGAAGAAAGAAGAAAAAGAGACAAUUGUUAGAAGACGAAGCCCCCUUGUUAGUUCAAAGGCCAAGUUUGGGAACAGAAGAUGAUAAUUAUGAACCGAACACUCUUGCUGAUGCAUUUGCCAGUCCAAACAGCUAUUUUAUGGAAGCAUCAAUUUUGCGGCAAGAUUUUGAGCAUACCGUUUCCCUUGACAUUGAGUUAAGAGCUGAAAAAAUUGAGGUAUUUUUGAAAAUGGUAAACGCAGUUCUGAAUUAUGCUCAUCGAAACAAUUUCAUAUCUGACACUCAAUAUGAUGAUUUAUGGGCUAAAGAGAGAGAUCAAGUUAAUCGAAUUAUAUCGACAUGUAAAAGAGAAUGCAAUGACAAAAUUGCUGAACUUAAAAAGAGCGCAAAACUUAAACAAGAUCUCAUUGCUUUUCAAAGUCAAGCCGAAAUGAUUGAGACACUCAUAGCUAAGAGAUUGAAUACUCUUCUAAGUGACGAGAGAGAAAAUUUGAAGAAAGAGUUAGCUAAGUAUGGUGUUCCAGAUGAUGAGAUUAAAAAAUUACUCUCGGGUUUAAAUGAUAGCAUGAAGAAGCUGGACCAAAAAAUCGCCUCAGAAAGAGAGCGUCAACUUGCUGCUUUAGAGAGAAAGUUGGAAAGAAGAAGGAAAGUUGUUGAGCAAGAACAAGUUGAAGAAGAACAAGCAAAUACCGAAAUCGAUAUUAGAUGUGAUAGGAAUCUAGAAACGUUAGAUAAACUUGUUGGAGCAGGCAAAUUGCUGGAGAGGACCAAAGAGGAACUCUUAGAGGACUAUGAACGCGAUUGUCGCAAAGCCAAAAUGGUCCAAACAGAAAAUUACCAAAAAAAGAAAGGAGAUCUUCAAAGCCGUCUUAAUAAGCGAAAGGAAGAUCGUUUGAGAAAACUUCAAGACGAGCAGGAAAGAAGAAAGCAAGAAUUUCUAAGGAAAUGUGAAAAAUCUGCUGAUAUUGAAGCUGUGACGGCUGAAUUUCAUAAACUAUUGUCUACGUUCAGAGAAGAAAGGGAGAAUUUAGAGGGAGAAUUUGAUGAUAGAGCUAUAGACGAAUUUGUAAAUCUUAAAAGACAAUUCGAGGAUGAACUAGAGAACAUAUUUAGUGAGAAAGAGUUGAAUUUUCAGGAAAGCAUACGCUCGAAGGCUAAUCUAACUCAAGAUGAAGUGGAUAGAUUAAUGAAAAAUCAUAGGCAGCAGAUGUUAGAUCUCGCAGACAGAAGGAAAAGUGAACAAGAACGCAUCGAAGCAGUAAUGAGAGAAAAGCAGAAACAGAGGAGGCUUAAAAAAGAGGAAGAAACCCGUAGAAUGAUUGCAGAUCAACAGGCCAUUCAAGAGCAAGAGAAUACAACCAUUCAGCGACUGCUGGACUCACAAACAGAAAUUGAUGAUGAGAGUAAGAAAAAGAUCUUGCAAGAACAUAAAGAAAACAUGGAAAAUAUUAAUCAUCAAUUACGUGUGAGUAGGAUGAAGCAACAAAAAGCUCUAGAUGAAAAAUUGGCUAGUAGACGGGCUAAAAUUGCUAGUUUAAAGGAAGAUAGAGAAAAUGCAAAGGCGGAAGCAAAGAGAGAUCGAGAGAAGAAGCAAGCAGAAUUAAACAAGCUUAUUGAGGAUGAAGAGAAGAAACUACGUGAAGAACAAGAAAAACGAAAAGAAGAAGUCAGAAAACGCCUGUCUCAAGAAACAAAGAUGCUUUUAGAAGAAAAGGAAAAAGAAAUGGCUCAACUGGUUGGACGUAUUCAAGCAUCUAUAGUUCGCUACAAAGCAAGAAUAGAAAAAGAUAAAAAAAUUCUUGAAGAGAUGGAGCAGAAAGUUACCAAGAAAGUUGAAGAAAGUGUAGUUGACAGAGAUGAUAAAGAUGAAGUCAAAGCAGUUUUAAGGGACUACCAGCAAAAUAUGAUGAAUUUAGAAGAUCAGAUGAAUGAGGGUAGAGCUAGGCAAGAGCAAAAAUUGAAAGAAAAAAUAGAGCGAAGGAAAUUACAAAAAGAGGAUAUUGUCGAGAGAGACCUUCGAGAAGAGCUGCAAGACAAACGCGAUGAAGGACGAUCCCUUCGAAGCCCAACAGCCGUGAUGGCCAGUGAUGUUUUGAAUAGAAUUAUUGUCGAGCAGAAGCAUCGAGCAGCAAUGAGACAACUAGAAGAAGAAAUGCAAUUGGAAAUGAAAAAACAGCGGGAGGAACUGAAUAAGGAGUUUGAAAUAGGACUUAAAGAAGAACUUGAUAAUCAGAAUAAAUCUUUACUCGCUCAAUUGGCAUUAAUAUCGAAUGUAAAAGAGAAGGAUAUAAAGAAGUUGGCUGAGGAAGCAGCCUAUGAGGCGGGAGCUGAAAAAUCUGAAGCUGUAAAAAUUGCUAAAGACAUGAAAAGUGAAUAUAAGAGAGCAAGAUCUAGUUUUGGCAUGUAA